ACGGUGAUAUCAUCAUAGAGUAAAGUCAAAAACCCUGGAAAGAAAAGAAGAGAGUGAAGUUAGUUUAGUUAUGCUUCGAGCAUCAUCUUCAUCAUCACUGUUUCGAUUAACCAGCACUCUCACAAUGCUAUCUUCUUCUUGUUCUCUCAGAAACCCUAACAACCUUCUCUUCCAUUCAACUCCAUCAUCAUCACUCUUCCUUCCUCAUCCUCCCAACUCUCUUUCCUUCCAUAAUCACAAUCACAAUCCCUUUAUCCCCCUUCGAUGCUUCGCUUCUUCGACUCCCAUUCAUGUCGCCAAUCCAAUCGUCGAAAUGGACGGUGAUGAAAUGACAAGGAUUAUAUGGAAGAUGAUCAAGGAUAAACUUAUAUUUCCUUACUUGGAUUUGAACAUAAAAUAUUUUGAUUUGGGGGUUCUGAAUCGUGAUGCUACUGAAGACAGAGUGACUGUCGAAAGCGCAGAAGCCACUCUCAAGUACAAUGUUGCUGUGAAAUGCGCAACCAUAACUCCUGAUGAGACCCGAGUCAAAGAAUUUGGACUGAAGUCUAUGUGGAGAAGCCCCAAUGGAACAAUAAGGAACAUUUUAAAUGGUACUGUAUUUCGUGAACCCAUAAUAUGCCGCAAUAUACCCAGAAUUAUUCCUGGAUGGAAGAAACCAAUUUGUAUUGGUAGGCAUGCUUUUGGUGAUCAGUAUCGUGCCACUGAUACAGUAAUCAAUGGACCAGGGAAGCUUAAGCUGGUAUUUGUCCCAGAAGAUGGUGACACUCCAGUGGAGCUUGAUGUUCAUGAUUUCAAAGGCCCUGGUGUAGCUCUUGCUAUGUAUAAUGUUGACGAGUCAAUUCGAGCAUUUGCUGAAUCAUCCAUGUCACUGGCAUUUACAAAGAAGUGGCCACUUUACUUGAGCACCAAAAACACAAUUCUCAAGAAAUAUGAUGGCAGAUUUAAAGACAUAUUUCAGGAGGUUUAUGAAGAAAGGUGGCGGCAAAAGUUUGAAGAACACUCAAUAUGGUACGAGCAUAGGCUAAUUGAUGACAUGGUUGCAUAUGCACUCAAAAGUGAAGGUGGAUAUGUCUGGGCUUGCAAGAAUUAUGAUGGAGACGUUCAAAGUGAUUUACUUGCUCAAGGAUUCGGCUCAUUGGGUCUCAUGACUUCUGUGCUGUUAUCUUCCGACGGCAAGACAUUAGAAGCUGAGGCAGCUCAUGGAACUGUAACUCGGCAUUUUCGGUUUCAUCAAAAGGGACAAGAAACCAGUACGAACAGUAUUGCUUCAAUAUUUGCAUGGACACGAGGACUGGAACAUAGAGCCAAGCUGGAUAAAAAUGAAAAAUUACUGGAUUUUGCUGAUAAGUUAGAGGCUGCAUGUGUCGAGACAGUGGAAUCAGGAAAGAUGACCAAAGAUCUUGCCCUUCUGAUUCAUGGGCCUAAGGUAUCAAGGGAAUUUUACUUGAACACCGAGGAAUUUAUUGAUGCUGUGGCGAGUAAUCUUGAGAGAAAGCUCCGAGAGCCUGCAACAGUCUAACAUAUAUGGUUUGAUAGAUGCAUUGAGCUCGGUCGAAACCCUAGCCCUAGAAUGUUAGGAAAGCAUUGAACAGAGGGGACUAUUGAUAAAUUGUACAAUUAUUCUUUGGGACUUCGGCCUACCAUUGGCUUCCCCAUUGUUAGUGUCUGUUUUUGUGGUGCGUCACUUAUGAUAAAUCACAGCCAACAUAUAUCAAGACGAUGUGUAGAAGUUUAUCCAAACAUAGGCUAACACUACUGCAGUAGAGGUUUUUGUUGAGAGAAACACAACUGUAAUAGUUGAACAAUAAUUUUCAUGCGAACAAAUACAAAUUGCACACGAGGGAAUAUGAUUUGUGUAGAUUCAGCGGCUUUCAA